AUGAGUCCAUCUGCCAUUGGGAUCGUUGGUGCCAUCAAUGAAUGUGUUACUUUGUUUCAGUGGGCCAAAUCUGCCAUCUCAUCUCUGCACUCCCGAUGGAGUGGCUCACAGAAACAACGUCUUCAGGAUCAUGUCUUGCAACUAGAGAGGGGCCUACAACGAAUGAGGGAUACUCUUCCUGCAAUGUACGACCUCAUUAACAAAGCAGAGUGGAGAAGCCAUGAACACUGUGUGGCUAAGCUCCUUCCGUGUCUUAAGGAUGCUGUUUAUGAGGCCGAAGACCUUCUUGAUGAGUUCACAUGGUAUGAGAAGAAGGUGCAAGUGGAGGGAAAUGCAAGCCAAUCUCCUUUCACUGACUUCUUUCAUAUCGUCAUCGAAGGCAGCUUCGACGAAGUUAAUGAUGUCCAAUCGAGGUUGGACCAUCUUUCAAGUAUGCUGGAUAAUUUGGGGCUUCAUGGAAUUGCACAACGCUUUGACAAAUUAGUCAGGCCAGAGACCACGUCUUUACCAAAUGAAACAAAAAUAUUUGGUCGUGCCAAGGAGCUGAAGCAGGUAUUGGGAUUACUCGGUGUACCUACAUGCCCAAAACGUAAGAGAACAACUAGUUCAAUUGAUGCAUCAACACGCACAUCAACAAAAUCAAGAAUAUCGAGUCUUCCUGUUUUGGUGAUAGCUGGAAUUGGUGGUGUUGGAAAGACCACUUUGGCACAACAUGUCUGCAACCAUCCACGAGUGAGGUCCCACUUUGAUCUGAUAAUUUGGAUCUGUGUCUCGGAUGACUUUGAUGUGAAGAGACUAACUAAAGAGGUCAUACAAUCAUGCACUAAAAAGGAGGGGGCAAAUGAUAAUUUGAAUUCUCUUCAACAUGCUCUCUCUAACCAUGUGAACAAUAAAAGGCUAUUGAUAGUCCUUGAUGACAUGUGGGAUGACUCCUUGAAGGAAAAUGGGCAGUGUUGGAAGAGGUUUUGUGCACCUUUUAGAAAUGUCCAGGAGGGAAGUAUGAUAUUGGUCACCACUAGAUGUCCAAAUGUUACUGAGGGGGUGCGCACAAUGGAGCAUGUUAUAGUUGAAGGUCUCAAGGAUGGCGUAUUUUGGAAUUUCUUCAAAUUGUGUGCUUUUGGAUCUGAGAGUUCUGACAAUGAUCCCGAGCUAGAGCGUAUUGGCCAAAGAAUACUUCCUAAAUUGAAGGGUUCUCCUUUGGCAGCCAAAACUCUAGGACGAAUGUUGAAGAUGGACCUUCAAGCAUCUCAUUGGAAUUCUAUAGUUGAGAGUGAGCUAUGGGAGUUGAAACAAAAGGAAACCGAUAUUUUGCCUGCCCUUCGGUUGAGCUACAUGUAUUUACCAUUCUAUUUGAAACAGUGCUUCGCAUUCUGUGCCGUGUAUCCCAAAGAUUACAAAUUUGAGAAGGCAUGCUUAGCUGAAAUUUGGGUAGCAGAAGGCUUUGUGGAGCCUCAAGGUGGUGUUCCCAUUCAAGAUAUUUUUUCAGAGCACGACUGCUUCAUCUUACAAAAUAAGAGUGACUUUGAUAAAGUUCCCCAGAAUGUUCGCCAUCUAUACAUUUUAUAUGCCAAGAAAUGCAAGCUACAAAGCUUACCCGCUGGCUUUGAUAAGUUGACCAGUUUACAGAAAUUUGAAUUAAAUGGACUAACUAUUGAUUCAGCCAACAAUGAUAUAGAAGUACUUGAAGAUCUGCAACCUCCUACCAGCCUCAAGCAUCUCUAUGUCAGGAAAUAUGUCGGUGUCUCGCUCCCAAGCUGGUUUCAACCACAAAACUUGCCAAGCUUACAAUCUCUUGAUUUUAAAGGUUGUGUUGGACUGAAGAGCAUAAACUUAAACGAGAUUCCUGCAAUUGGUACUUUCUUGUCCUUGACAAAACUAUGUAUUGAUGGGUGCAAAAAUUUAUCAAGCCUAGAAGAUUUUCUGCAACCAAGUUAUGUACCUGGCAUCAAGAAAAUAGAAAUUAAAGAUUGCAAGAUGUUAGCAUCUGUACCAACUGAUAUUUUUGGGGGUUUUCAUUUCCUUGAAGAAUUGUGCAUAGUUAAUUGUCCGAACAUCUGCCAGCAAAGAUUGGUUUCACCAUCCCUCAAGGAGCUCAGUUUGUGUCGUUCUAGUCUCUUUUGCAAUAUUGACUGCUGCUCCCUCACCUCCUUUCAUUGUCAAUGCGAGUUUGCCACGUCCAUACAACUACAAACAUGGAGUCUUCCAGCUUUAAAAAGGUUGGAAAUUUGGUGCAAAUCUCUUACAUCUAUUGGAGGCUCCCUUAGUCUUUCCAUUUCUACAGGCACUGGCAACAUUAGAGCACUCUCGUCCCUUACUGUCCUAGUUAUGCAGUGUGAAAAAUUGUCGACCCUUGAUGGCAUCCUAACACAAGAAUACCUACCUGCUAUUGAGACAAUUUACGUCAACUAUUGUGACGAGUUACUGUCCCUGCCAGUUGAAAGGUUUGUGAGUUUCCCUUAUCUGAAGCGUCUGCGGAUUUGGAACUGCCCAAGUCUCAGCUGGCAAAGAGGGCUCGUCUUGCCAUCACAUAUAAACGUUGAGAUAUCCCGGUGUCCAAAGUUAGAGGAAGUGGAUGAGAUCAAUGGAAGAACGGCCUAA